CAGUGCGCUCAAUAAUUUCAUGUAUCCAUGUGGCGCACGAUAGCCCUUUAUCGCUUGGAACAGUUAUCGUUCUCCUUAGGAUGCGCGUUGCUCCCCUCUGCACACUCUCUCUCUCUAGCAUCCCCGCCAGUUUCAUGUGUUCUUCGCCUUUCUUUAAAUUGGGGGUUGGUUAUUGACCGUUAAACCGGCUUUUCAGGUCUAAUAUCUGUAUUUUUAAAAAAAAAAAAAAAAAACUGGUGAAAGAAUGUCAGACGGAACAAGUAUGGUGAUGGAGUCUUCUGAAAAUGGGACAGAUAUUUCCCAAGACGAUACUGGCAACAUGGAAGAAAUACCUGAAGAUACAAUAUUGUUGCGACAAACUUCUGUGAACCUUGUUCCAUUUAUUGGCCAAAGAUUUGUAUCUCAAGAUGCUGCUUAUGAAUUUUAUUGCAGUUUUGCGAAGCAAUGUGGCUUUUCAAUUAGACGUCAUCGUACUCGUGGAAAGGACGGUGUUGGUAGAGGAGUUACAAGAAGAGAUUUCACUUGCCAUCGUGGUGGUUAUCCACAGAUGAAACCAUCUGAAGAUGGUAAGAUGCAAAGGAAUCGCAAGUCAUCGCGUUGUGGCUGUCAGGCAUAUAUGCGCAUUGUGAAGCGGGCAGAUUUUGAUGUCCCUGAAUGGCGUGUUACAGGCUUUAGCAACAUCCACAACCAUGAAUUGUUAAAAUCAAUUGAAGUGCAUCUCCUUCCUGCCCAUUGCACCAUAUCUCCAGAUGACAAGAGUCGGAUUUGCAUGUUUGCAAAAGCUGGAAUGUCAGUGAGACAGAUGUUACGAUUGAUGGAGCUAGAGAAAGGUGUGAAGCUAGGUUGUUUACCAUUUACUGAAAUAGAUGUGAGAAACUUACUACAAUCUAUCAGAAAUGUCAAUCGAGAUAAUGAUGCCAUUGAUCUUAUUGCAAUGUGCAAGAAAAUGAAGGAUGAAGAUCAUAACUUCAAAUAUGACUUCAAAAUAGAUGGCAAUAAUAGGUUGGAGCAUAUUUCAUGGUCUUAUGCUUCAUCUGUCCAAUUAUAUGAAGCCUUUGGUGAUGCAGUUGUUUUUGACACAACCAACCGUUUGGAUGCCUAUGAUAUGAUAUUAGGCAUGUGGCUUGGGGUGGACAAUCAUGCAAUGACUUGCUUCUUCGGUUGUGUACUGCUACGUGAUGAAAAUAUGGAGUCUUUUUCCUGGGCACUGAAGGCAUUUGUGGACUUCAUGAAUGGAAAGGCUCCUCAAACUAUUAUGACUGAUCAAAAUAUAUGGCUGAAGGAGGCUAUUGCAAUUGAAAUGCCAGAAACUAAACAGGCCUUUUGUAUUUGGCACAUCAUUGCUAAAUUCUCAGAUUGGUUUUCCAUGCUGCUUGGGUCAUGUUAUGAUGACUGGAAAGCUGAGUUUGUCCGACUCUAUAAUCUUGAGUUUGUGGAAGAUUUUGAGGAAGGAUGGAAAGAAAUGGUCAUCAAAUAUGGGCUUCAUGCUAAUAAGCACAUUGCUAGUUUGUAUGCACUGCGGACAUACUGGGCUUUGUCGUAUUUGAGGCAUUACUUUUUUGCAGGAAUGAUGAACACUUGUCAGUCUGAAUCUAUUAAUGCUUUCAUUCAACGGUUUUUGAGUGCACAAUCACAAUUAGAUUGUUUUGUUAAGCGAGUGGCUGAAAUUAUUGAUUUAAGUAAUUGUACUGGAGUCAGGGCAGAGACUCAACGAAAAACACAAAAAGUUUACCUCAAAACAGGUUCACCGAUCGAAUCACAAGCAGCCUCUGUUCUUACUCCAUAUGCCUUUAAUAAGCUCCAAGAGGAGCUUGUGCUAGCACCACAGUAUGCGUCUUUUCCGAUAGAUGAAUAUUGUUACCAAGUCAGACACCAUACUCAGGUAUCUGGGGGGUGCAAAGUCGUUUGGGAUCCUUGUCAAGAGCAUAUCAGUUGUAGCUGCAAUCAGUUUGAAUUUCUAGGCAUCCUUUGUAGGCAUGUUCUCCGUGUCCUAUCAACCAAUAACUGUUUUCACAUUCCAGACCAAUUUUUGCCUACCCGAUGGUGUGAUGUUAGUUUGUCAUCCAAUACAAGAGUGCAUUCUGAAAGGAUUCAGUUACUAGAAUCCAUGGUGUCAACAUUUGUGACAGAAUCAAUUGAAACAGAGGAACGCCUUGAUGUUGCAUGUGAGCAAAUUGCUAUGGUAUUAUCUCAUAUUAAGGAUCUUCCUAGGCAAACACAUUGUGAGAAUGCCUACAAUUGCCCAUCUGAGUCAUUGAUUCUACCAAAUGAAGGUGCUGAUGGAAUAGUUCAGACUGUAGCAAUUGGAAAUCCUCAUGAUACUAUUAGUCUAGGAAAACUAAAAGAGAGAAGGCCCAGAGAUGGAAAUGAUAUAUCCAGAAAGCGAAGGCAUUAUUCUGGUCCUUGCUGUGGGCAGUUUGGACAUGAUGCAUCAGAUUGUCCAAUUAUGGGAAGUGAUCAUUUGAAUGGUGAUGAACUAGGAUACAUAUAGACCAGGAUAAUGAUGGUGUAGUUGGUAUAAGAAGUGAUUGCAUUACAUUAGAUAGUCUUUGUUCAUUCCAGUUUUACAUUUUUUGUCCUUCCAAUUUUCAUUAUACAAAAAUUUAAAGCACUCUUCACUGAGAAAAAACAUCUAGAUAUUUAUGGCAUGCAUUUUUUAAUUUUUUUUCAGUUUCUUUUAACAUUUGAGACAUAGCAUGUCCACAUGCAAAAUUCGUGAUUAGUUGACCUUGCAAAUGAAUCCCCCUUGUCCUCCCCCUUCUAAAAGAAAAAAACGAUCAUGGCAUUGAUAGGCAGGUUGAAUUUGUGCAUACAGUGAACUUAUGCAAAAAUGGAAAAAGUUAAUUGCAGUUAGAUUCUCCUUUAUCAAGAACUCACCAUGUUAUAUGAGAUUCCUUUGUUAGCCUCAUCUCUGGCUUUUGUUUUCUAAUAUUACUCUUGGCUCAGUGGUUUUAUUAUGCUUUACUAGACCCAUAAAUCUUGACUUGCUGUGAAUUAGGAAAUCGUGAUGUCUGUGGGUUACUUGAUUACAGGUGUGUAUUUGCCACCUGGAUUAUCCUGGAGAAUAUUUGAUGUUUCAUGUUUUUUCUGAUAGUAAACUCAAUGUGGUCUCCCCGCAACUACAAUUAGAAUCAAAAUUCUACUUUUCUAACAUGCAUCAUGUAGUUGCUAUUUUAAUGCAAAUUGCAUGUUAAAUGGUUUUAGUAAUAAUACUGCACAUGCUAUUUACAGAUUUGGAAUCUUGUUAGAUUCUAUACUUUCACUUUAACAAAUCCAGAUUGGAUCUUAUGUUCUGCAUUUCUUUCUGUCAAUACAAGCAACAACAGAUAUUUUUACAUGCUAAAUAAUACAAGACCUAUACCUCUGCCUACCUAUUCAUCAGCCAAAGAAACCUUGCUUAGCCUGCUUGGCGACAAUCUUGCACCAUUGUUGACAGUUUUUCUGCCCUUCACCCGAUGAUUGUGUGACCCAAAAAGUGCUCUCUGUGCCAGUGCUUUCUCAAAAUUAGAGUUGCCUGCACCUUUCAUGUUGGGCUUUUUAUCUGCUACAGUAGCUUGUUUGUUGCUGGUGCAAGCAUCCAGAUCCACAACAAUGGCCUUGUCAGAAGCCAUAUGUUCCAGAAUGCGCUGCAAUUCAGAUUGUGGAAUUGAUAAGGCUAUCAAGAUAGGUGAGAAUGGUAUUGGUAAGUGUUUAUGGUUUUAUAGAAUUAUGCUAUGAGAUUGUUAAUUAUGCAUGAGGCAUUGGGAAACUAUUAAAGAAUAUGUAGGAAGAAAGUGGCGGUUAUGGGUGAAGACAUGUUUGUGGGGUGCAGAGCGAAUCGACUUGUAAAAUUCUUACUCAUGGAAUAAGUUUUCUAAUCUUCUUGGUUAAGUAAGAAAAGAUGCACCAUGGCUAUUUUCUAUCCGUUGUUUGUUGGUUCUAAGUGUUCUUAAGAGAAUAUUGAUAUUAAUCAUGGGAUGCCUUUUUUA